GUCUUCGUCUUCGUCGUCGUCGUCUUCUUUUCUUGCAAGAAAGAAAAGGCGGAGCAGGAGCAGCAACGAGAAAAGGCGGAGGCGGCGGCGCAACCGACAAGGAAAAGCAAAGCGAGAGCAGGAAAACCUCGCCGGCGGCGACACCACCACCACCAGCAGGCAGGGAUGGCCCGGUACGACCGCGCGAUCACCGUCUUCUCCCCCGACGGCCACCUCUUCCAGGUGGAGUACGCCCUCGAGGCCGUCCGCAAGGGCAACGCCGCCGUCGGCGUCCGCGGCACCGACACCGUCGUCCUCGGCGUCGAGAAGAAAUCCACCCCCAAGCUCCAGGACUCCAGGUCCAUGCGCAAGAUCGCCAGCCUCGACACCCACAUCGCGCUUGCCUGCGCGGGGCUCAAGGCGGACGCCCGCGUGCUCAUCAACCGGGCGCGCGUCGAGUGCCAGAGCCACCGCCUCACCGUCGAGGACCCCGUCACCGUCGAGUACAUCACGCGCUACAUCGCCGGACUGCAGCAGAAGUACACCCAGAGCGGCGGGGUGCGCCCCUUCGGCCUCUCCACCCUCAUCGUCGGCUUCGACCCCUACACCGAGAAGCCCGCCCUCUACCAGACCGACCCAUCCGGCACCUUCUCCGCCUGGAAGGCCAACGCCACCGGCCGCAACUCCAACUCCAUGCGCGAGUUCCUCGAGAAGAAUUACAAGGACACCUCCGGCAAGGAGACCAUCAAGCUUGCCAUCCGAGCCCUCCUUGAGGUUGUCGAGAGCGGUGGCAAGAACAUCGAGAUUGCGGUGAUGACACACAAGGAUGGCCUCCGCGAGCUGGAGGAGGCUGAGAUCGACGAGUACGUGGCUGAGAUUGAAGCAGAGAAGGCUGCCGCCGAGGCCGCGAAGAAGGGCGCCCCGAAAGAAACCUGACCUGAUCAUCAUGAUUCAGCAAAGCAUAAUCUCUCUUAGCAUGUGUUGUUUCUUUUCUGUUCUUGUUUGAGAGGAACGCAGAACUGUUUGGUUCAACUGAAGUGGAUAUGGCUAUUUGCUGAUCAGCCUACCUGGAGUAAAUCCUCAUGCUAUAUGCUUUGUGAUGUUGCACAACACUGCUGCGAUGCUCAUCGUGUCAGUUGCCACUCAGUGGGUCUCCUUUUAUGUAUGAAUAUAUCUGUUGCCUGUUGGUUGUAGACAGUAACGAAGAAUAGUACUAUGAGCUAGUGCGGGCCGCUGCUCUCCGUCGCGGGGAUCUGGGCCAACUUCU